AAAUUCAUUAAAUGGGUCACUACCUCUAGAGAUGAGUAACUUAGGAGCAGCUAUCUAUAUAAAUGUAGCAAUGAAUCAGUUGUCAGGGUCAAUUCCGAGGAAUAUCGAAAAGUUGCAGAAUUUGGUUGAUCUGUCUUUGGCAAAUAAUAGACUAGAAGGUUCUAUUCCCGUGUCUAUGGGAAGCAUGAUCAGUUUGGCAAAUCUCGACUUGUCGUACAACAACCUCUCUGGUUCAAUUCCAAAGUCUUUAGAAACACUUCAACACCUCGACUACUUUAAUGUCUCUUUCAAUAGUUUAAGUGGAGAAAUUCCUAAUGGAGGUUCUUUUAGAAACUUCACUAUGGAUUCUUUUAAGGGUAAUGAGGCAUUGUGUGGAAUCCCCAAGUUCCAUGUCCAAAUUUGCUCUUCAAUUUCUAAUCACAGAUCAAAGAGAAAGAAGGUGGAACGAGCUUCAUUUAUUGUUUUCGGGGUUGUGGCUUUCAUCUCAAUUGUUUCUUUGGCCUUUGUAAUUGUCAGAAACAAAAGGAAAGAUAAGACGGCUAGAGAAGUUGAUGAGUUGAUAUUCAUUGUGCCGGAAAGAAUCUCUUAUUAUGAACUGCUGCAAGCAACGGAAAGAUUCGAUGAAAGUAAUUUACUUGGCACUGGGAGUUCUUGCUCUGUUUAUAAAGGAAUUCUUAACAAUGGGAAGGAUAUCGUUGUCAAGGUGUUUAAUAUGCAACUAGAAGGUAUUUCAAGAAUAUUUGAUGUUAAAUGUGAGAUACUACGUAGCAUUCGACACAGGAAUCUGACAAGCGUCAUAAGCAGUUGCUCCAAUGAAGAGUUCAAGGCAUUAGUACUUGAAUAUAUGCCAAAGGGAAACCUUGAAAAAUGGUUAUAUUCCCACAACUAUUGCUUGAAUAUGAUGGAAAGAUUGAAUAUAAUGAUUGAUGUUGCAUCUGCUUUGGAGUAUCUUCACCACGGUUAUUCAAUGCCCAUUGUUCACAGCGACUUGAAGCCUAGUAAUGUGCUGUUAGAUGAAGACAUGGUUGCCCAUGUAAGUGACUUUGGGAUAGCAAAGUUGUUAUGCGAUGGAGAUAGCUUUGUGUUAACCAACACGCUUGCAACAUUGGGUUACAUCGCUCCAGAGUAUGGUUUGGAAGGGCUAGUUUCAACAAGGUGUGAUGUGUAUAGCUACGGGGUGAUGUUGAUUGAAACUUUUACGAGAAAAAGGCCUAGUGAUGAUAUGUUUUGCGGAGAUAUGAGCUUAAAGAGAUGGGUAGAACUCUCACUUUCGGAGAUCCCAGAUGAAGUGAUAGAUGUCAACUUAGUCAUGAAUUUGGAGGAAGAAAUGAUUGACAAGAAUAUGCAGUGUGUAUCAUACAUACUUGAAUUGGCUCUGAAAUGCUCUGCGGACUCCCCCGGGGAUAGAAUCAACAUGAAACAAGCACAUGCAGAGUUGCAGAAAAUCAAACAUCGAUUUUCCCAAUGAGAUUCAACCGAACUUGAUCAAGCUGCCCAGAAGCGCAAACCCGAUCUUCACACGGCAUAGAAGGUAGCAGCAAUUGAUUGGGAUACCCAUCGAGCACACAUUCAAUUUGACGUCCCUUUGGCGCAUUCCGUCGAACAUGUAGAGGGCAACUCCGUAUUUCCCCCCAACUUUACCGUGUAACUCAACAAUUUGUUAUGCAGUCAUAUAUUCAAUCAAAUAGCCUCUUUUCCCCAUGGAGAUUACUAAAAUAUACAUGUUUGGAUAAAAAUAUUUUGGUGGGCAUAUGAACUAUAAACAUUACUUAGUCAUAACGAUACUUCGUCAUAUUUAAAAUAUUAUGUGUGUUGGCUUAGAGGCAGAGUAGUUAAUUCUUGAAGCAAAAAGUUUCAGUUUUGAAUCCAUAAUUAGUACUCCCUCGGUCCCGAUUGUAACGUCCCAAGAAAAAUGGGACACACAAAUUAAAAAAAUGUAGAUAAAGUAUGAGAGAGAUAAAGUAAAUGAGGAGAUACAUAGAAAGAAUAGUGAAAAAGUAAGAGAGAUAAAGUAAAUUAAGAGAUAGAUAGAGAGAGUAGAUAAAGUAAUUUAUUUCUUUUUUUGGGUUGGGACAUGGGACGCCCAAAAAGAAAAUUUGGGACGUUAUUAUUGGGACGGAAGAAGUAAGAUUGUGUUUGCACAUAUCAAGAUCAGGUAGCCUACCUGACAAACUAUUGUUCCACAAAUUCAAGAUUUCUAUAGAUGACAAGUUGAAGAGAGAUGGGGGAAUUGGGCCAUGAAAAGAGUUGUAGUUCACAUCUAAAGAAACCAGAGAAGAAAGAUUCCCGAUUUCUGGCGGGAGGGUUCCGACAAGACCCAUGUACGAUAUAUUCAGCUGAGUAACCCUAUUGUAACGUGAAUCACAAGUAACUCCGAUCCAACUGCAAACACUGGCUUCAGUGCUCCAAUUUUGGGUCAAUAUAUUUUGUGGGUCUGAAGUGAUUUGAGAUUUUAAGGCAAUGAGUGAGGAACGAUCGGUGUUGAUAUCUGAGAUGGCUGAGCUAUAAUUCAUAAACCAUUGAAGUAGCAAAAGUGAUGUAAGGAGGGAAAAUUGGGAAGACCUAUCCAUUGAGGCUAGAUUUCAAAAGUAGUAAUGUGC